AUGAGAGUUCAUGUUAUUAACGAAAACGAUUCUUGUUUUAUUCAGGAACAAUGUUAUGACAGUAAGAUACACAAUUUUAUACUAUUUAUGUCAUAGCCAGUAAGGAAGGCAUACGGUACGGUCAACCAAGGCAAGACGUGGAUUUUUGAGCCGGAGCUGUGGGAAUAAACAAUUCUGUGCCGAUUUUUAUUUCAAUUUUAUCCGAAUUUAAACAACAUUCAACUUUUUCAAAAUAUGUUUUUUAAAGUAGCAGUUCUUAAGGUAUAUAAUUAAGUAGUUUUAAAUAUUACUAUAGUAUAAAUUCACGUUUUAGACCGACAUCUAAAGAUAGAAGGAUCAAAAUGUGAAAUAUACAGUAUGAAAAAACAAAAAAUUUUUUUUGUUGCCCCAGACGAAAUGGACUAUUGGAAAACCUUUAAUUAUAAGACACCUUUCAACACAAUGACAAGUAGGGUAAGAUUUGAAAACAAAUAACUGCAAACACGUUUUUAAACUUCUUUGUUAAAAUAUAGAUAUGAGUGCUGCAGUAAACAAAUCUCCCAAACUGUUAGUUAAAAACACCCUAUGUUUCAUGUAGAGAAGACCCCUUCCCCUGCUUCCCCUCCGAUAAAUUAGCAUAUAAAAGUUUGAAUUUUACAAUAAUUUAAUUGUUUUUAGUUUUUGGUCUAUGACAAACAUAACUAUGAAUGGAUGGAAGUACAAGUAGAUGCUAAAUUUCGAUAUGCAUGUAAUUUCGAACUAUUCGCUUCCAUAUACCCAUUGCCACGCUUUGAAAUUAUGGAAUUUUGUCGUAAUUCUAGCUAUGCUAAGAGUUUGGUCAGACAUGUUUUCAUUCAAUUUAAAAAAGGUAAGUUUUGCAAAUUGUACAUUAGUUUUGUAAAGCUGGUUAUAACCAGGGCCGGGCGCGAGGGGGGGGGUACCCCCCCCUCCCCCAGAAAAAAAAAUUUUGAAAAAAGUUGAACGUGGUCCCCCCUGUGGAUUUUCGGAAAAAAAAUUUUGCAAAAAAUCGGCACAGGUAUUGGACCCCUGCCCCCAGACCAAAAGUCCCCGCCCGGUCCUGGUUAUAACCAAAAGUAGGGACAAAUCCUAGUGUUAAAAAAGGCUUUGUACAUUAAAUCCCACUAGUUCGGUAUGGCAAUUCUUAGCGACUAGAGUCCUUUUACAGGAGAGCUCAUUUAGUUAUUAUAACAACCAACAUAUUUCCAUUCUAAUGUUUAUUCGGGUCUUUAAAAAGAUUGUGGGGACAGCGACUGACCCUCUUUCUAUAGACAACGAGUUGAAUUGAUAUUAAGCUGCGCUCUUACCCUCUUAUACUGUCACGGAGUCUGAUAGAUGCUCAUCUCCGCAGAGCGCAAACUCAGCUGUAACACUAACUGAAUAAGAUCACAGCCCAAACAGGGCGGAUCAAAGCCAAUACAGGAUGGGGCAUAACCAAAGCAAGGCGGGGGAUAUUCAAUGAAUGACCGAGUCACAACAGGAGAAGUCGUAGUAAAAAAUAGAAAGUUUAUCAUCGAAAAAUAUGCAUAAUGAUAAGUUCAUUGAUAGCACAUUUACAUUUUAGGUGGUGUUCGUGUGAAACAUUUUAAGGCCACACAUAACCGUACUUUUCCGCCGAAAAAAACAAAUAGUGAUCAUCAAAUUGAGAUGUUAACGAAUAUGAAGUUUCCUGUGCCAAAAGGAUCUUCGGUUGCCUUUUACAAUUGGUUUGCUCAACUACACAUUGCCAAUGACAACGUCCCUGUAAUCGACGCCAAAACUGGUGCUACACAACAUUUUGAUUUUUAUUUAUUAAAUCCCAAUGAACAAUAA